AUGCUCUCCCAACUACCCCGGCGGUCCUGCACACGCCUCCUAGCAGGCCGAGCAGCAGCGCCCUGUCUGCCCCGUAGCCGCCUCCCCCUCAUUUCCUCCCCAUCUGCCACCAACCGCGUCCCCGCCAGCACCCGCCCCUUCAUCAGCUGGUUCAAAAGCAAGCCCGCGCCCGCCAGCGCCGCGGCGAAGGACCAGCCGCCGGUGCUCGCCGAGGACGACCUCUUCCACCCGUUCUCGCAGUCGCCGUUCCCCGCCCUGCGCGCGCGCGGCGAGGCGAUCCGCAAGCUCGCGCCGUGCCCCGUGUGCGCGGCGGAGCACGACGGCGUGCACGCGCACACGAAGGCGCAGCCGCGCGCGGUGGCGCACGAGUGCCCGGACUGCGGGUGGCCGACGCACUGCUCGGAGGAGCACUGGGCGGCGGAUGAGGAGCACCAGAAGUACUGUGGACGGUUGAGGGAAGUCAACGAGGACGAGCAUGAUCUGAGGAGUGGACGGAGGAUGCGCGAGUUUGAGCUCCCAGGCGAGCAAGACACCGAGGCAGCAAUUUCGUUUGCGAACUGGGAUGUGUUUUGGUACACUCGAGAAUUCCCCUCCAUGGAUUCGGAGCGGUCCCGGAGGCACGCCAGCAAAAUCCUCACCUACCCGAUCACCGUCGGCUCUGUGCUGCACCAGUUCAGCAACCUCACGAUCAGCAACCAGAGGUUGACCCCCGAGGGCAGCCGCUCUUUGGCAGCUCUUCGGACAAAUCUGCAUGUGCCGCCUGGUGCGCCGGAGACACCGGAGGCUGCUGCCACCAAGCCGCAGAUGAGGAUAUUCAUCCUUGGCGCACGAGCAGAGUCCGCCCUCCCGCCUCACGUUUGGGAGCAGCUCUGCAUGCUGUUCCCGUCUGCGCUGUUCCACCUGUACUUCAUCGGUCCUCAAGUGUCUCUGCCGAAGCCUAUCAGCGAGCUCAACAAAGGGCCUGCGUCGAGUAGGUCUACUAAGACCGCCACUUCGUCGGCGGAAGCGGCGGGCUCUUCUGCGCCCAAUGACACCGCCCCGGCAUCGUCGGACUCGCAAACCCCGCCAGAACAGCAGCCAGCAGAGGAGGAAAAGCCCGUUUACGUGCCCAACGUUUACCAGCCGCCGACACCCGCGCCGAUCAUGCGCCUCAAGCGCACGCGGGAGUCCAUCCAGGAGUUCGGCGUACCGUCCUACACCGUUCCAUACACGCCGCAGCUGACCAUCACCGGCAUGCAAGCCAACUACGCGGAGGUGCACGCGCAGUUCCAGGAGACGUUCGACCCGUACACGGACUGCUUCUUCCUGUUCUCGCCCGGGUUCGGGUUCCCGUCGCCGACGUCGGUGAACGAGGAGACGGGGGAGCCGUACCUGCAGAUCGCGUCGCCGACGGAGUGGGGCCCGGUGAUGCCGCUGCUGCUGGCGAGCAAGUGCCCGAUCUUCGUGACCGGGUUCUCGCCCGCGGAUGUGGAGCGCGACGUGAAGUCGCUGUCGGCGGCGCCGGAGGUUGCGGGCGAGUUCGACUGGGUGGUUACCCCGGGCCCGAAUGCGUUUGGGAGCGAGAAGUGGGAGGUCGCGGACUUUGACCCGCGCGUGAUGGUGAAGACGAACUGGGGCGUGUGGGGCAUCCGCGGGAAGAGGCGGGAUGUGCGCGAGAGGUCCAGCUGGAUUCCCGGCCUAUAGUCCAUAUAAUACGCAAUAUAUCACACUUCACCG